AUGGGCGGCCUGGCACAAAUGGCCAUGAACGCGAACGAUUGGCGCCGUACAGGCGCGGCGCCAGGCUGCAGUCCUCAAAAUGGCAGUACACAGCUCAAUGUGCAUGAAUACGGCGGCUGCAUCAUCCAGGCAGUGUUGCAUGAGGUAGUACCGAAGUACCGGAAACAACCACCAAGCAUGCGAUCCCUGAAGCGCUCUGCGACCAGCUAUCUAGACCAAGCCGUCGGCCACAAAAGGAAAUGCAGUAAUCCAUCCUCCAGGCCCUCCACGACCCCGACUCACGAUAACAACACGGACGCUCCGCUCAAGUUCCAAAGAAGAAAGCCCGCGCAGCACAUGUUGCAUGCAGAGGUUCCAGUGCAUUGCAUCCACAAACACGCAAGCGCAUGCGCACUGCUAAUGAAGAUAUGCUGCUCCUGCGCUGAUAAGCGACCCAUAACACACGCCUACCCGAUGUAUGUGGAUGGCCGAGGGAUUGGUCCAUCCGAUGACCGCUCGCUGCACUACUGCUUUGGCUGUCAGGCAUAUUGGGGACGUCGUCGUAGUCAUCCUGAGCACAAUGUUCCCUCACUACCAUCGCUGGGACUAACCGAGGCCGAAUCUACUUGUGACCAUAUCAGAGUCUGCUGCGAUAACCGCACCUUUGACUUUGUCCGCUCAGGUGAUUACAAUCUUGAGCAGCUUCGACAUGAGGUGUCACUACUCAUGCGGUGUAAUGCAAGCGACAUCAGUGUCAUGGCAAGCGACUCUGGAUUGAGCAUGGCAUCCGAGUCUUCGGUUCAUGAUGCCGCAGGCCAAAUCCAAUUUAGCGUCAAUUACACAGCGGAUGUGGAGAUGUGCGACGCUUAG